AUGGAUUUUUCAUCACAGGGGAGUAUAAUCGAGGAGUUGAUCUGUUGCAUCUGCCGGCAGCUCCUGACAGAGCCCCUGAGUCUGAACUGUGGCCACAACUUCUGCCAAGCCUGCAUCUCUGCCAAUGAGUCAGAGAGCUUCUUUGGAGGGCAAUGCCGCUGUCCUGUGUGCCAGAGCCCAUAUGACCCUUGGAACCUCCUGCCUAAUCAGCAGUUGACCGACAGAGUGAAGAAAAUCAGAGAAGCCAACAUGUCGUCCCACCAGCAGCAGAGGAGAGAUCUCUGUGAGCACCAUGGGGAAAAUUGCCAUCUCUUCUGUAAGGAGGAUGGGAAGGCCAUUUGCAGCCUUUGUGUCCAGGAGCAGCACCAAGGCCACCAAAUAUAUAGCGUGGAGGAGGUGGUCAAGGAAUGUCAGGAGAAAUUCCAGGUGGCUGUGGACAGGCUGACACAGGAGCAGCAGGAAGCUGAGAGGUUGGAAGCUGUCAUUAAUGAAGAGAGAGAUACCUGGAAGAAUUAUAUGCAGACUGAAAGAGAGAGAAUUCUAAAGGGGUUCGAGGAAAUGAGAGGCAUCCUGGACAGAGAAGAGAAAAGGGAGCUGCAAAAGCUGGAUGACAACGAAGUGCAUGUGCUGGAUAACUUGGCAGUGGCUAAAGACCAGAUAGUCCAGCAGAGCCAGUACAUGAGAGAGCUCAUCUCAGAUCUCCAACGUCAUAUGUGUGAAGCAUCAAUGGACACGCUGCAGGAUAUAAUUAACGUCAUAAGAAGGAGCGAGGUCUGGACCUUGAAGAAGCCAAAAAUUGUUUCCAAGAAACUGAGUACAUUCCGAUUUCCAGAUCUGAAUGGGAUGCUGCAAGCGUUUAACGAGCUGGCGGAAGCCCAAAGCCACUGGGUGGACUUGACGCUGAAUCCAUUCAAUGAUCUAUCGAAUGUUGUCGUUUCUGAGGAUCACAGACAAGUGACUAUUGGGAGUGAUUUUAUGUUUCGGAAUGUAUACCCACGUAACUUUUCUGCUUUUGAUGUACAGAGCAGUCAAAAUUUCUCUUCAGGGAAAUAUUACUGGGAAGUUGAUGUGUCUGGGAAAGUUGCCUGGAUUCUGGGGGUAUACAGUCAAACAAGCAAUCUCAAUAGAAAUAAAAGCUUUGGGUUUGUUUUUACCCCCAAACCAAAUUAUUCAAAUGCUUACUCCAGAUUCAGACCUGAAAAUGGCUACUGGGUUGUAGGGUUACAGAAUCAAUCUGAGUACAAUGCCUUUGAGAACUCUUCCACCACUGAUCCCAAGAUCUUAACUCUUUUCAUCGCUGUUCCUCCUCAUCGAGUUGGCAUUUUCCUAGACCAUGAAGCAAGCACUGUCACAUUUUUUAAUGUCACAAAUCAUGGGUCACUCAUCUACAAGUUCUCUAAAUGUCACUUUUCUCAGACUGUUUAUCCCUAUUUCAAUCCUUGGAAUUGCCCAGUUCCCAUUACUCUAUGCCCACCGAGCUCCUGA